UAACGACGUUAAGUUUGCUCCAUUUUUUUUUCAUGUCCAACAAGAAGAGUCCCCCGGGUUACAGUAAAACUUUGAAGGAGGAGGAGGAAAAAGCUUACAGCGGAAGCUAAAUUUGGGUUACUGGAGGGAGAAGAGAAAGAGAAUUCUCUGAAAUUAUAGUUUAAUUUGUUCUUCAACUGUUUCAGAUCUCCCUCGCCCAAUUUGAAUUUUGUGAAACUAACGUUCUUUCAGGUUCUAUAUAUGUUCACAUUUUUGACCGUAUACAGCAGAAGAAAGGUAUAGUGGAGAUUAUUCUUACGGAUUGAUUGAUUGUGUGUAUAUACAUAUAUUGAAGAAGUAAGGAAAUUGGUUAUUGGGAGAACGCAACUAGUUUAGUUUUAGCAAUGGUUUCAAGCUUGUUUAUUGGAACAAGUUUUACAUUGAAGAAGAAAAGUCUCAUGCGUGCUGCUGUUGGCACUCGAGCAGGCACUGGAUACAUUCAAUGCUGCAAUUGUUUCUCCAAUAUAUUCUGUAAUGUUCACCACUUUGACCAUCAUCGCAAGCACAAUAAUGUUCAAGGACUGGACUGGGCAAGAUGUAGUAGUAUCGUAUCUGAUAUCUGUGGAUUUAUCACAGUUCUUUCGGGAAUAAUUUUACUCCAUCUGACUAGAGAACAAGAACCAACAAAUCCACCACGUAAAAAUUAAAGUUGAAGCAUGUACCUGCUACCCAGCUAUAUAAAUCGUCUGGCUCUCAUCUUGAUAUGUGUAUAUCCUUGAUAUCAUGCAGUCUAAAAUCUUAUAAAAUGUAUGGCAUUGGAUCUGUAAGUCUGCAAUACCUAAAAACAUAUGUUGAUUUGGGUGCAAUUAUCCUAUUUUGGGUCAAUUUGACUACUUAGUUUCAGUGAACCUUCUAAAUUUGGUUACUUUGUGUUUACCUGAUCUCAAUGAAGACGGUAAGGAACACAAAUAAAAUAAUCAAACUUGUAAUCUAUCUGAUUUUACUUGACCUUUCACAACAAUUAUUCCAUUUCGAUAUGGGGCUAGACCACCAAAGGAGCACACAACUUUACAGUGCAACAUAUGGUGAAACAGUGAGGUUAUCUGCUCCAAAUUUUUCUUAAUUACUGCACAUGCUCUUCUAAUUUUGGGUACUUGGUUCUAUGAUUAAACAUUUUAAAAGAGCAUGUGUUUCCAUCAUGUAACACAUUAGCAUCCUUUUAUUGACAUUGGGACAGAUGACUCCCUUGAGCUAGUGAUUGACAGAAAUUAUUAAGUACUUUCUGGCAUUAAUUUUGAUGUUGUAGAACUUUCCGUAUAAGUUCAGGUCUGGAGUAUACUAAAUGUUCUUAGAGAUACUUCUGCAGAAGCUAGACUUGGAACUCCAAAUUGAAGCCUCAAUAUAUUUAUAUGCCUCAAAAGUAUUGUAAGUUUGUGCUUAUAAUACAGAAGUUUAUGCAGGAAAUGUAUCGUGGUAUGAUGGAAAAGAUAUAAAAGCUAUGGAGGAUGGACACUACAUAAUGUUGAAUGAUUCAAACUAUUUCUGCUGAUAUCAUCUCGAUAUACAUUCUAGAUUUUGACUGCAAAAGUUGAAAUUGUAUCCACAACUGAUGCUUAAUUUGUGAGAGUUCUUGCUGAAGCUCCGCAAUGUUGAGCUUUACAACUAGGAGGGAAGUUCUGGUACAAGCACAAUUUUGGGGAAGGCUAUUGAUUCAGUCACCUUGUAACUGAAGCUUGGCGUGGAUCUUUGCUGAGCUGCUGUUCAAAUUUGAGAGCUGUUGUUCAAAUUUGAGGUUUGUACAUACUCGAUGAUGUCUCUUCAUUCAGUUGGUUGUGCAGAGAAUUUAGUUGAUUCAUGCUGUAAUUUAUUGUGCCACCAAAUUGGUGCAACAUAUUAUGAGUUCUAUAGUGUGAGAAUAUAACAUAGUGAAGAAGGUUACAGCAGUAAGUUGGAUCAUUUAUUUUCUGAGGAUUUCAUGAUAUGGAAAUCUAACCUGUUUAUUUACGGGUAAUGACAUGAUGAACUCAUUUUCACAUCUAAGAGUAAUUGGAAGAAUUAUUCCCUUUGUAGACAAA